CCGUCCAGAGUGCCCGUGCAUCCGUCUGUCCCGGAACAGAAUCUCUCUGUAUUCCUCUUUCCUGUCAUUUGAAACUUUCAGCAUAUAGACAGACACCGUCAGCCCUUGCAAACCCUGCCAGGCCCAGACCGUCUGCAGAUCACCAACGUCAAACUCAACGUCCAGGAUGGAUGUUCUAAUGAAGGGAUUCUCCAUGGCCAAGGAAGGAGUGGUGGCCGCCGCUGAGAAAACUAAAGCUGGAGUUGAAGAGGCAGCUCUCAGGACCAAAGAAGGGGUCAUGUAUGUGGGCAACAAGACAAAGGAGGGAAUGGUGUCAGGCGUAAACACAGUUGCCCAGAGGACCACCGACCAGGCGAAUAUUGUCGGUGAAACAGCGGUAGGCAGCACUAAUGAAGUUGGACAGAAGACAGUAGAGGGACUGGAGAAUGUUGCUGCAACAACCGGCCUAGUCAACCCGGAUGAGGCUUUAUAUGAGGGUGACUUCUCUCAUGGGGGCGGCAUGGAAGGAGACGGUGGAGAGGGUUAUUAGUCCAGAGGCCUGAAGCUGAAACAGUCCCCUCUCUUCCCUCUGACUCUCCACCUCUGAGUUUCUGCUCCAAAGCCUCACCCCUUCCAGACCCCAGAUGUUACUGAUAUUUUUUGUGACUGUAUGGAAAACCAAGUUGAAAAAGACUUUCCCUGAGCCCUGUAGCCGUUAGAUGUGUGACGCUUCCCCACCUCUCCAUCUGUGGUGUCGUCAUGCUGUUCUUUAGUGUUAUUGUCAUUCCUUAACCUGUCCACACCUCAUCUAAAACACACACAAACACUCAUACAUGGACAGGAACCGUGAAGCCCAGUGGCUGAUAUCAGAGGUUGAAGUGGUCUUUUAGGAGCAUGGCUGAAAGAAAAAAA